AUGUGUGAGCAGGCAGCGCGCUACUGUAGGGACGGAGUCCACAAACUGCUCAACAAAGAACAAGCCAAACUUCGAGCCGAGAGCCAGGAAAGCCGCGAGCAGCCGAACCCCGUAGCCUGUCAGGACAGCGAGUCCGCGACGGCAGCACAGUCCGGAAACAGCGGAGCCCAGCCCGGUGGAAUCGACGGGCUCGUCCGCUGGAUCGUCACCAAAAUGAGCGACAACAAGAACAUCUCCAGCCGGGAGUACGCUUCCAGCAAGGAGGAUGUGGCCGUAGCUCAGGAGCAGUUCUUCGCCCCGGAACCGCGGAGAGGCAUCUCCGUUAUUUUGGAUAUAUUCAGAAGAGCUGACAAAGAUGAUGAUGGAAAGCUUUCUCUGGAUGAGUUUCAAGCUUUCUUCUCCGAUGGCACGCUGAACGAGGAAGAGCUGGAGAAGUUGUUUCACACCAUUGACUCUGACAACACCAGUAAUGUUGACACUAAGGAACUCUGUGACUACUUUGCCAAGCACAUGGGCGACUAUGAGGGAGUGCUGGCCUCGCUGGAAACACUCAACCUCUCCAUCCUCAAAGCCAUGGACUUCACUAAAAAGGUAUAUGAGAGAGGAACCAACGUGGAGCAGUUUGUGACACGUUUCCUGCUGAAGGAAUCGGCCAAUCAGAUUCAGUCUCUCCUGAGUUCUGUGGAGAGUGCCGUGGACGCUAUUGAUGAGCAGCACAGCCAAUCACGUCAUCAACCUGCCAAGGUGAGCCCACGGAUGUCAGAGAGGCGCAAUGAAAACACCGUCCCUGACUAUCCCCCGAACAACAGAGUCAGCGCCAGGGAGGCUGUCAGGACCGUCAACACUGCUUCAGGUGCUGUAGAAGUGAGGAAAGAAGGUCUGGACUCUCAGAUCAACCGCCUGGCUGAACUGAUCGGACGUCUGGAGAAUAAGACAGUCUGGUUUGAUCUGCACCAGAGGCUAACAGACACAGAUGGCACUACCAGCGCAUCCUUGCUGCUGAUCCGUCAGGAGAUGGUGGUUACCCAGAAGAAGCUUGGUGACUUCUGCGAGGCUCUGAAGCAGUACCUGAAGAACGUCUCCACUCAGAGAGACUGCUUUCAUGUGACUGCGGUGCGUCUGCCGGACGGUUUAUCCUUUGUCGUCUACGAGUUCUGGGAUGGAGAGGAGGAGUGGAAGAGGCACCUCCAGUCGGCCCCGAACAAAGCCUUCCAGCAUGUGAAGGUGGACACACUGUGCCAGCCAGAGACCGUGUCCUCUGUAGCCGUGCCAGCCGCCUGGUGCAGUGUGAACAGGGACUGAGCAUGAAGAUAUUCAACUACACGCCACCACUCCUGGACACUCCCGCUCCGACCCUCAAACCUUCUCCCCUCCCUGCGUUUUACCCACUCUAAUACCCCCCCAAAAAACCCUUGUCUUUCAACCCUCACAUUCCUUAACUCUUUUUGUAAGUACAUGUUUACACAGUGCAAAUGAAUGGUGUCAACUGCAGUGAAAAUUGAACAAACAGUGCAUUUAACAACGUGAGAUUACUAAUUUGUUUGCAUCUCACCAUAGUUAUAUUGGAGAUAUUGGAUUAUGUCAUGUUUCAGGUAGCUUUGAGCCACUGUAAAGUGGAGUUUGUCAUGUAGCAAGGACCCUGGCGUAGAGUUUUUCAUGUAGCAGUUACUGUUUUGGGGUAGUGCAUUUUGGAAUGUGGCUUUUUUUUCCUGUAAGGGUUGACCACAGGUAGAUCAUCUUAGUUAGCCGUUAUUUCAUAGUAGCUGCUCAUUCCAUAUUUGCCAUUCAGUGUUCUGAUAAUUACAUUUUCAUUUUGUAACUGAUCAACUGCUUUGGACAUUAUUCUCACAUCAGCCAUUCUAAACUCAUCAACAUCUUGAGUAAUAGAUGAGGACUAAAGACCUUGUUGCCAGAUUAGUUUACAAUCUCAGGAAAACUGAAUGCUUGAAAUUAGCUUGAAGGUUAGCUUGCUAGCUUCCUAGCUAGCUGUCAAACUUACUUUUCCGAGUCUCUGAGUGUGGUUUGUGUGACAGAAUAUUUAUAAUAUAUGUUAUGGUGGAAACCAUAAAGGCCUUGCAAGCAGCUAGCUAGAGCUAGCAGAACAAAAACUGUAAAACUGCACAUGAACAAGCUCAAUAACUUGAUAAAACUUUAUUCAAACUAUUUAAUUAUACAUGAAAUAUCCAUAUAUAUACCACAUAAUGUCAGUGUGUGAGUUUUCCAGAAGGACCGUGAGACGACACCAAUGUAGAUUCUGAAGCCAAAAGCUAUAUUAGCGUCAAUUUAUGAGAACCACUUUUUUCCAUAGCAUUGUUUUGGAAAAGAUGGAUUUUGCCUGAUUUAUAUUCAAGGGCCCUAACAGGUUCGCAAAUGUAAUGUGAAACCAGUUGAAUUAAAUAAUGUCCUAAAAGGACCACUAAGCUCCAUUAUAAUUACGAUAGCAAGAACUUUGCUCAAUACCUCACUAUAGGUUUACAGUCCUCUGAACAAUCGUGCCACCUGAGUUACCAUUGUAACUUAAGGCCUACUUACUUUCAGACUUGUCAGAUCAACUUCAUUUGUUGAGCGAGCUUGUUGAUCAUCUUCACCCUGAGUAUAUUUAUAUAGAAUGGCUGCAGUGGGAGUAAUGUCUUUAAUGGGAGGAACUUAUUAUCCUGUGGUAACAAAGCACAGGCUUUUAAUGAGCAACAGAAACCAAAUCUCUGCGAAGCCUGACAUCAAAUAUCAGUACAUCAGAUGGUGACAGGCCAGUUUGGUAUCCUGAAUUAUGACAACAUGUCAGUCUUCACAAAUGUUUGCAUAUGCAGAUGGUUUUGAUUGAAACAUUUAGAGAAAAUGGCAAUUUAUGUUUCUUCAUGUAGCUUUUAUUUCACUUUGGGGUUGACAGUUUGAGCACUGACAUUUGAGAGGUGAGAUAAAAAAUGGUUUUGCUGUCUAGGGAUCAUUUGUGACUUGCUGCUACCUUGAGACAGAAGAAACUAAGUUGAAAGACAAAGGCAGCCCACUGUUCUCCAUGCAGCUAAAGUUUGUUUCAAUUCUGCCUUCUGUUUAUGUAUUCUUUGUCUAAAUUUGCGAUGGAUAACUUAUAUUAGCUGUGUAAGUCUAGUAGAGAUUGUACAUGAUGAAAAUGUGGUUCUAUUAUUAUUGUAUUUGUAUUGAUUGACAUCUAUUAGUGCUAUAGUGUAAAUUUGGUUCCUUAGUGAAAGUGGCAGUAGCCUUCGAAGCGCUGCGGAUUCGUGUAACAUUUGGUUUGAAUCUGAAUACCUACCAUCAAAAAUGUAAACCCAUCUGAAUGAUAUUGAAUAUGAAGCCUUAAACAUUAACACAUGUUCGGGGAGCUUUUAAGGGUUUUAAAAAUAAGACAUUCUUUUUGGCGUGACGUAUACUCCCAGUAAGCAGGGAAAUGCCCUCUAGCAUCAGAUUACACAACCACAGUUUUGGGUUGCAUUGACAUAUUGUUACAUUUUGUCCAUUGCAUUAGAUUAAACUUUUUUAGUUAACAACAUAUCACUGAAAAAAUGACCUUGACUUUGAGUUCACUUAGCAUACUGUAGCUUAUAGAUCAACCACCUCAGCAUCAAUAUCCUAAACAACAGUCAUCAUAUGUAGUGCCACCAUUAACCCCAACUAUAAGAGAAGGGCUCAAUACAUAUAAAGAGGACAUAACAGAAAAAUGUGGACCAUUAGAAUCCAUAUCAACUGGGUCUGGUCUCUUCAACAAAAAGAAAAGACCCACAUCAGGAAGUUAUCCUGAGGAUACUAUUCUCAUGUUAAUAUUGAACGUCAGUAAUUCCUCCGACCGCUGUACACCGCAACGCAAAUGACGCACAAAACAAAUCUGGUGGAAGAAACCUUAACUUAAAAUAUAAUUAGCUAAACAAACCGAAUCAAUAGAUAAUCGUUGAUAUGUUUUGCCAUAUUUUCUGUCUUUGGCCAUUCUUGUGUUCUCGACCCAACAAAAUCUCACCUGACAUCGUCCAUUCCCCCUGACCAGUUCAUUUCAGGUCAAAAUACCCGGACUCCACCCCCUGACCUCACCCCCAAUAACACCACUGUAAUACAAACAGACUCUCACUCAGAAAGCACAAUGUAAGAAUGAGUGAAUAUUGUGAUUUAAAGAUAUAUUAUAGAGAAUGAUGAGAGUAUUUAAAGAUAUAGAGUAUUACUUUAUCUGGUUAAGGCUGUGUUGAUGCAUCACUACUUUAUUGCUCUAUACUUUCAAAGGUGCCAUCUUUCCAUCCACCUCACUAUUGAAUCUAUUUUCACAUGUGAUUGACAGCUAGGCUGUGAUCCCCCUGUGCUGUGGUACAGUGAGUGUGGAUCCAGCUACACUGACACUGAUAAAAGAUCUAGCACCGCGCUGGGCUGCAUUGAGCGGGGCAGGGCUGUGUGGAAUGUGGAAGUGUUGAAUAUUAUAACAUAUGCUGUAACAGAAAAUAUGUAUUACAGUAGACUUUUAGAACAGGCAUGCAAAGACAUUGCUGCUUUAUUUGUGAAAUGUCUAUACUAAUCUCAGUGUCCGCGUUAAAGGAACCCUGUGGAGUUUUUGGCCACUAGUGCUGUGGAGCAGUGUGGUUACAGGUGGGUCCUGUUUUCACACUACUGUACUGAUCAAAGGUAACAAGAAGUAACACGCCAAAGAAUGAUUCUACUUAACAACAGGGCAACACAGAUGAAGCAAAACCAGAUGUGCACAUUUAAUAUUUUCAAAAUUAGAAAUUAUUUAAAAUAAAUUAAGUGCAUGGCGUUGGACCUAAACGAUACACAAAACCAGGCUGCUCUGUCAGUUAGCAUCAGCUGCAAGUUAGCUAAACUGAAACUAGCAUGUGUUUAAAAUGCAGCUACGUAGAGAACCAGAAACCAACCUGCAGCUAAAUUAUAAUUAUGGAGACGUUACUUUAAAGUUAUUUGUUUUUUUACGUCUUCAUUAUCUAAAAAAAGGCCUAAAUGAGGUGCAAAUGUCAUCUCUACAUUUUUUACAUUUAUUUGGCUAUUAUUUAAAAAAAUACCAAUGCAAAAUUAACAUAACACUCAUACUAUGUUUUAUAAUUCUAUAUCCUUCCCAGCAGCACAAAUCAAUAAUGACAUCUUGCAUUACAUCCCAUCUCAGGAUAUGAUAGUUUUCCUUGCCCCCCCUCGCCCUGCCCUGAUUCUGCAGCAACUGCCUAUACUAGACUAUAUCUAUGACUCACUAUAUCUCACAUUCUCAUUACCCUGGCUCCCUAUAGAGCUCAGUUUACAAUUCUUUAAGUGACUUCUAAGGUCGAACACUUUUUAAUCUGCGCCAAGGUCAACUUAUUUUUUGGGCUUGUGUCAGGGGAAGUUAACGACAGCACUGAAGUACUGAUUGUCAAAGUUGCUAGGCUUUGAAUAUUUUAAGGAUAGACAUAUUUUUGCUGACUAUCAUUUCACUCACAUUAAUUGCUGCUUUUAUAACCCCAUAUUCUACUAAAAGAUCAGAGUCAUGAAAAGCCUAACUUCCUUUAAUCUCUUAAACUGUCCAAACUGUAGAUUUUAGUUAAACCCCAGUCCUUAGUGAUUUAAUGUCAGCUUCUUGGGGCUUUAAUGGAUAGGAAUCUGUUCAAAACUACGGACCUCUUCAGAACUUUAAAACUGCAGCUUAGUUUACGACAGAGCAUGUUAGUUUACAAGAAAAGCUCCACAGGGUACCUUUAAUCUUUCACUUCUUAAAAGAAAAAGAACAAAAACUACUUGCUCUCCUGUUCCAAAUAUUCUUUGUGUCCAAGAAGGAGCUGCUGUAUUACGAAUAGAAACAUAAAGCCAUAUUGCAUGGAUUGAUGUUUACAUGUCAGUGACCUACUAUACUGAUAGCCAUAGUUUUACAGUACUUGAGUGCUCAGCUGAAUGCAGCCCACAUGCUCUUACCAAGGGUUUCUUUUCCUGUACAUUGCGCCCACGCAGCUGGGUUGUGUAUAUGAGGUAGAUAGUGAGUGAACUGUCAGAAAUGCCAAUACUGUUUCCUAUUGAUACAUUCCUGAAUGUCCCUCAGACUGUGCAACCUGUUCUUUUCUAUCCUUAAUACUCCUCAGUGCAACCUGUGCUUUGCCAUGCAAUGAAAGAGUUGUGUUAUUGAAUCGUAGUGAAACAGGCCUUGAUUUGAAUGUUUCCUGGCAACAUGAAGAGAUGAAACAUUAGAGGAAGCGUGUCACCAGGUUUACCUCAUGAGCCAAUCAGGAAACGGAUCAAUGCUAUAACUCUUUCGUUCUAUGGCCGUGUUCUUUUUUAUCCUUCAACUGAGUGCAUGUCAACUGAAUGUCCAGUAACUUCUUUGCUGUAGUAUUAGGCCAUGCUACUCUUCAAUGGGUUUUGUGCAUUUCUUACCUUUUUCUUUUCUAGUACUCCUAUGAAGGAGACAGAGACUAAAAUCUAUUAUAUAAAAUAUAUAUGACUAGAAAAAUGGCAUACAAGAAUGAACAUUCACUUUUAUGGCAAUGUUUAAUUAAAUAGUAAUUCUUAAUGUAUGUUUCAGUAAAAAUACAGCUUUCUCUUAAGUGUAGAGACUUAAUGCAGGGAUGCAACUAUUAUAUUUGGUCUUUAAAGAAUAUCUUGUUGAAAUUCUAGAUAAUGUAGAGUGAUGCAAUUCAAUAAAACUAUAAAAAAAUAAAACUGUGCCUUUUAUGU